GUCAUCGACGCCGGGUUGGAAGGACCCCAAAGCGCCUGACAUGAAAACUGAAGGCACACUUUUGAAUGCUUAGCUAUUUUUAAAUUAAAAUUGUAAAUAACAUAACCAAAACACGCACACAAAACAUGUUUAUCGCUUCACAAAACACCACGCCUGCGUUUAAGGAUUUGACGCUUAUAAUGCCAGCUGUGGCGGUGGGCAAUGUCGGUCAGCUGGCAGUGGACCUACUCAUUUCAACGCUCAACCUUCCCAGGGUGGGCUACCUGCACACCGACUGCCUCAUCCCCAUGGCAGGCAACAACCCGUACGCCACAAGCCAGGAUGACGCAGGGGAGCUGCACACAGCAGCAGAAGUCUAUGCAGCACCUGAGCUCAAGAUUGUAGUACUUCAGAUUAGAGCACCAGUUGUAAAGACCAAAUCCAAACGGUUCCGUCAGCUGCUGCUAUCCUGGAUCAAAAGCAACGGCUUCUCCCGGACACUGGUCCUCUCCAGCAGCCAUGCCUAUCACAGAGAUGACCAGCAAAUGCAAGGCACUCCGUUAAGGUACUUGGUGACGCCAAGCCUCCUGAAAAUCUGUGGCGAUGCCUUCAAGGAGCUGGGCUGGAAGGAAAUGGAAAGGGUGCCUGUUUGCCCCGGACGUUUAGAACGUGGCACACAAGAGCCGAGACUCUACGUCCCUGGUGGAGGUAUCACUAAAAGCCUCUACAUGGACAGUUGCGACGAGGAUGUGCCGCUGGCAGUGCUGCUCGCAUUCUGCUCGGAGGGCGAUAACGUGCCGGACGCCUUGGCGCUGGUCAGUCACUUGGAUGAUUGGCUCCACCUGCUGGACAACACUAACCGAGAGGCCAAAUGGAAGAUACCAACUUCCUGGCGUCUACUGUUUGGAAGCGGCAUCCCUCCUGCCAUCUUCUGAAUCACUCUUUUUGUAACUUUGUUUUUUAUGUCAAUAAAAAUCCACCAAGAGCCAAAGUGAACGUUUUUCUUGCUCGACUCGGUCCCUGACUAACUGAAAGCGCUUGGCCCGCUGCCACGCUGUGUUUCCCAGCAGUCCCGCCCACGCCGUGUCCGUAACUCGACUCUGAAACAAAUAUGUUCAACGGCCCCCUCACGUCUCACGCUUAGAAUAGCUUAAUUGUAAAGGAAGCACGUUUGAGAGCGUGCACGUUUUAGAAACUAGUGCUUUAUUUUUAGGUAGUUACAAAUGUUCAACCCUUUACGGGGCAAGUGACUAUUUUUGAAAAAUUCAAAAGUCACGGACCCCAUAAAGGCUGGCGUCCACCUGCGUCAUGGUCAGAGGUGGGUGGAUUAGCCAAAUAUUUUACUAAGAGAAGUUACAGGGUUUGUGCAAGUCAUUAAAUUGAUUUUGUCGAAAUUCAGGCCUUAAAAAGCAAACUAUAUACAGUGGUACCUCUAACCUCUCGCCCCAAUACAUUCCAGGCCCCACAAAAUUCAGACAUGUCUUUUAUAAUGCAUAAAAAUGCAUCAAAACAUGGAACAAAUAUAUGUUAAUUAGAUUAAUGCACAAUAAACUUCAGAAAAUCAGAGUUGUGAAAAAAAGCUCUUUGUCUGUGAUUCCAAUCGGUCAGCUUUGACGGCCUCACCAACAAUGCAGGCCCCCUAUUUAUCGGCCCCGUGUCCUGUCAAUACAUUAUGAAGUCUAUGCCUAUUGACUGUACUGAAGCUUUUGUUGUUUUUGGGAGCCAGGAGCACUGUGUGAGCCAUAUGUGACAUGGCAGUGUAUUAUUGGUACUCUGUACUUGCACUUGAUCCAAAAAAACCUGAUG